CAAUGAGUAAGAACGUGUUGCUUUUAAGUUUCGCUUCCACUUUUACAACGUAGUAGGCCCCUACUGACCCACAUCUAUGGCGCUUAUAUAGCGACCGAUAACACCUAUCUAAUGGCCUGAUAACGGUUGAAUUGGGUGUUAUUUGGCACAAACAAUUGUUUAUUUUGUUCUUUCACUGAAUUACAUCCCUUCUGUAAAGUAUAGGCAUUUAUUAAUAUACAGUACAUUUUGUUCAAUUCAAUGUUAGAUGGGUAUGACAUAACAAAAUAAAACUGCAUGAAUCAGUAAGCUAGUAAAAAAUAAGUACGGUGGACCAUCAUAUAAAGAGAACAUGAUCGGGGCAGUGCUAAUCCUCCUGUGAUGGUUGGAUCAGUGGAAAUCACAGGGGGGGCUGGGCUUGAACAACUCCGUCUGGUCAGCUCGGUGUCUCCUCGGUCGGUCGAGGGGCGAUCAGGAAAUAAACCGGAUGAUAAUUCACCGUGUCGACGGUCACAUGUCGUGCAGCGGGCUCCUGAAUGAUUUAAAGCUUUUUACAUCAUCAGCCUCACCCUCCUCCCUCUCCUCCUCCUCCUCCUCCCUCCCCCCUCCCUCGCGCUGUCUCCAGCUGAUGCAGCGCGCAGCCCGGAGAUGCUGCUGCUGAUGCUGAUGCUGCGCCUGCUGCAUGGUGACCGACUGCAGCAUCCCGACAUGGGCAUCCUUUAAUCCGGCCGUGCACACAAUAACUUUCUCUCUCACCAUGCGGGGAACAACUAAGAUGUCAUUCCACUAAACCAGGACAAGAGAGAGAGAGGUUGCAGCAACAAAAUCCAACCUUCUUUUGAAUCUGCCAUCAUUCGGAUAAGGAAUUACUCUUCUUCCUCAGUGCUGUGCGUGAUUGUUUUCACCAGAAAACAGUAAUAGUACAAAGAAAAAAAGAGAACUUCUCGCUCUUCCUUGUGAACUUCUUCCCUUUGACUCUUGACCCUUGACCUUUAGCUCCCAGUAUGACCAGUCUGGCAGUGAAGCUAGACCCUCGGAGGGUACAAUGGCGCUCGCAAUGGAACACCUUUACGUCCCGUGUCCUGAGGACCAAACCUGUAGAGUCCAUGUUGGAUUCGGCCGUGACGGGCACCAGCUCGCAUGGGACCAGACUGGCUCGGGUCUUAUCUACGGUGGACCUGGUGUCGCUGGGCGUGGGCAGCUGCGUCGGGACAGGGAUGUAUGUGGUCUCGGGUCUGGUCGCCAAGGAGAUGGCCGGUCCGGGGGUCAUUGUGUCCUUCAUAAUCGCCGCUGUGGCCUCCAUACUGUCAGGAGUGUGUUAUGCAGAGUUCGGCGUGCGGGUGCCUAAGACCACAGGUUCGGCCUACACGUACAGCUACGUGACCGUGGGCGAGUGCGUGGCGUUUUUCAUCGGCUGGAAUCUGAUUCUGGAGUAUCUGAUCGGCACGGCGGCGGGGGCGUCGGCUCUCAGCAGCAUGGCGGACUCGCUGGCGAAUCACAGCAUCAGCAACUUUAUGAUUACGCACAUCGGGACGCUCAGCGGCUUGGGUAAAGGGGAGCAGUCGUACCCGGACCUGCUGGCGCUGCUGAUAGCCCUGCUGGUGACGGUGAUCGUCGCUUUGGGAGUGAAGAACUCUGUGGGCUUCAACAACGUGCUGAACGUCAUCAACCUCAUCGUGUGGGUGUUCAUGAUGAUCGCCGGGCUGUUCUUCGUCAGCGGAGAGAACUGGGACAAUGGGAGAUUCCUGCCCUUUGGCUGGUCGGGGGUGAUGCAGGGUGCAGCCACCUGUUUCUAUGCCUUCAUUGGAUUUGACAUCAUUGCUACAACAGGAGAAGAGGCCAAGAGUCCCAACACCUCCAUCCCCUACGCCAUCACUGCCUCACUCAUCACCUGCCUCACUGCCUACGUCUCUGUUUCUGUGAUCCUGACUUUGAUGGUGCCCUACAAUGAGAUUGACACGGACGCCCCGCUCAUGGAGAUGUUUGCCUUGCACGGCUGUAUGUUCGCAAAGUAUAUCGUGGCAGUGGGCUCCAUAGCCGGACUCACCGUUUCCCUCCUGGGGUCCCUGUUCCCCCUGCCCAGGGUCAUCUACGCCAUGGCGGGGGACGGCCUGCUGUUUAAGUUCCUGGCCAAUGUGUCUUCCUACACAGAGACCCCUGCUGUCGCCUGCGUGGUGUCGGGCUUCUUAGCCGCCCUGCUGUCCCUCCUGGUCAGCCUCAGAGACCUCAUAGAGAUGAUGUCCAUAGGAACCCUGCUGGCCUAUACCCUGGUAAGCCUGUGUGUCCUCCUGUUGCGUUACCAACCCGAGAGCGACAUCCACGGCUUUGUGAACUUCCUCUCCGAGGAACAGAACAACAAGAAAAAGGAGGGCGUUCUGGCCGAGUGCGAGAAAGACGCCUGCUCACCAACCAGCGAAGUAGAGGAGUACGGAGGUACGGCCACGAACACCUGCGGAGCCAAAAACCUGCCGUCGCUGGGCGACAACGAGAUGCUGAUAGGCAAACCAGAUAAAACCGCCUACACCGCCAGCCACCCGAACUACGGCACCGUGGAUAUGACCACCGGCAUCGAAGCAGAGGAGUCGGAGGGCGGGGUGUCCCGGCGGUUGAAGAAGCUCAUCGGACCGCGCUACUACACCUUGAGGAUCCGACUGGGCCUCCCAGGAAAGAUGGACAGGCCGACUCCGGCCACGGGGAAAACUGUUACCGUGUGUGUGCUGCUCCUCUUCAUUUCCAUGUUUGCUUUCUGCUCCUUCAUCAUUUUCGGAGCGACCUAUAUUGGGGAGGGUAGCUGGUGGGCUUUGCUGCUAUUAUUCUUCUUCAUCCUCUUCCUCGUCCUGCUCGUAAUCAUCAUCCUCCAGCAGCCAGAGAACCCGAAGCGGCUGCCCUACAUGGCGCCCUGCGUGCCCUUUGUACCUGUUUCGGCCAUGCUGGUCAACAUCUACCUCAUGCUUAAACUGUCUGCCAUCACCUGGAUACGCUUUUCAAUCUGGUGCAUCGUGGGUGUGAUCAUCUACUUCGGCUACGGCAUGUGGCACAGCACGCUGGAGAUCACGGCCAGAGAAAACGAGGUGCACGCCUCCACCUACCAGCGCUACGACCACGGCGUGGACGAGGGCUUCUGCGGUUUCGACGACGAUUUCUACCCGCCCACCACCGACGCCUGGGGUGCCCCGUCGGCGGGGUCGGGGCUCACCCCGCCCCCUGAGGCGAAACCCGAAAGUGACGGGGCGCCGUCGAAAGGCGGAGGCAGGACCAUUGCCAAUCACGGCCUCGCGGAGGAGGAUCCGAUGGAUUUCUGAAGGGACUGACUCUGUGUUACCCUGAAUGUACUGCCUUGUCUGCUGCCUGGGGGGAAUGGGAGGGGAACAGUAGUGUGAGUGCAUGAGUGACUGUGUGCGUGGCGUGCGUGUGUGCAUGCCUGCAUGUGUGUGUGUGUGUAUUUGUGUGUCUAACCCUUGGGCUAGAUAGUUUCUCGGCAGUGGAACGUUAUUCACUUUACUCCACCACGCUUGACUCCUCAGCUCACACAGCAAAUUAGGACGUCAAGGUCAAGUGUAUUGUCACAGUCACUUGUUACUCACUUACUUAGUGGAGUCAACAAUCCCCCGCAAAACCAAGGCCAGAUAGAAAAGUGCGGACGCAGCAGGAGAUCACAAUGUUUCAUGGUUAGCUGCACUGUGAACCAUGAAACAUUGUUUACAGAGCUAUCUGUUAACUGAAUUUCUAAGAAUUUAUGGGACAUAGGAGAGGAGAAGGUGAUGAGUCAGAUGAAUCAGCAGCUCUCUUCCUGUUUCAACACAGACAGACAGGAAAGUUAGAUGACAGCAUGCCAAGCCCAAGCUAUUUCCUCUGUACAGGUCUGACUUUUUUCUGCUCAUUUUUUUUUCAACAGACAGGAAAACACAUGAUCUCAUAAACACAAAAAAAUUGCUUAUAAAUCAAAAAAUGUCCCCUUGGCCCCUAACAUCUAGCCCAAGGGAUUCAGGUCUGGACUGGGAAGAGGGUGUUGAUGUUUUCUGUUACAAAUAGUACUUGGACUUUGCUUGCAAUAGUGCCUUCAUCUACUGUGUGUGUAUGUGAGUUUCUGAUUAUGUCUGUUUUCUACUUUAAUUUUGCCUGUGUAUGUGUGUGUGUGAGGGUGUGUGUGUGCAAUCAAACUCCACCUUUUACAUUCAUGUCUGUGUGUGUGUGUGUGUGUGUGUAGAUAUAAAGUGUGUUCUUCAGGUUGUUUUACUGUGUAGGUAUUUGUUCCGUUUUUUUGUUCUUCCCACUCUUUGCCCCAGCAUGAAGCUCAAAAUCAAUCCGCCCGCAAAAAAAAGCAGCUCAUGGUGCAAUAUACUGUAACACAUGCUCGUCGGCUCAUCGGCGUACCCAAAUAGAGGUAGAGAGUAGAGGGUGUAGCAGAGACAGAGGGAGAACAGGUUGAAUCCUAAUUGACAACCUGCAUGGUUUAUUGUGAUGAAUGUCUUAUUUUUUUUGUGCUUGUCUCUCCGUUGAUGCAGUCGUUGCUGUUUACCAGCGCUGGGAAGGAAUUCAUUUUCAGUUCAUUCAAUUCAAGAAAUGGGUUUUCUGCAUAGUUUGCAUCUUUUCUCCUCGACAUAAAAAAGACAAACAAUUAGGGACUGUAUAAAAAUUAUUAUUAUUGAGGAUUUUCUUUUUCUUAUUGCUGAAGGGACGAUAGUUUGACAUUUUUCGGGAGAGCGGGUGAGGGUGAUUUAAAAGGGACAUGUCAUGAUAAACUAAUUGUUUUCAAUGCUUGUGCACAUACAUUUGGGUAUCUGGAGUGCCAACCAACCCACAAACUCUGAAAUAAGAAAAAACUAUCUGUUUUUUUGUGGGCUGCCUAGAUCCGAAAACAUGUGAUUCAACAAGCCAAUCAGAUUUGGCUCCCCUUCCUAUGUCACAUGCAGGCUCAUUAGAAUAUAUCACCCACAACUUGAAAACUGCCUUAGUGGUAACUUGGUGUAAAGGUGCACCAUAUUUUUCUUGAAUACAGGGUGAAUACAGGUAUAUUCAGACAAACAGCAUAAGAAAAAUAAUGUUUACUAUUUUUUUUUUACACUUUAAAGCAUGUAAACAUGUUCUAGUAGAAACCGAAAAUACAAAUAUGAACCUGGAAAUGAGCACGAUAUGUCCCCUUUAAUAUUUUCUCUUCUCCCAGAUUCUUAUUUAAUUUUAAUUUUUGAGUUUUACUUGUAUAUUGAGUGAACUGAAAUACAAUCCCUCCUCUUCCAUGUCUCUGCCUUUCUCCUCCCCUCCUUUGCUUUUAACUCCUGUCCUUCUUUCUUUACAUCUUUGUAUCCUCUACUUCCACCACUCCUUUGCUCUUCCAGGCCAACUCUUCCUUCAUCUAUUUCCCACCUCACCUGGCUCUUGAUAGUCAUCCAUCCAUGUCAGCAGGGACUUGCCACUCUAAGUCACAAGUGAUCGAGCCGGGAUUGGUUUUCAGUCAGGAUUUGAAACAGUAAUCUAUUCGUGGCCUGACUAUACAUUAGCUCCAGUUUCACUUCAGGGUGUCUGCUAUCUGUCGUCUGAUUUGUCUCCGGAGCGUUUACUCCUCUCCCUGUGGUCCGGCCCAAACUAGUCUGAGUGAACCUUCCUGUUGCCCCUACCUCUUCAUGUAGCUAGUGUUGAAGCCCCACUCUUUGCAUGUUAUCUACACUGUUGCUGCACCCCGAAGAGAUAUUGUGAAAAUCAAUCAAAUCAAAGUGUGUGGGACAUGUAAGCUAAUGCUGCCAGGGUUAGGGGUUUGAUUCUAUACUAAGAAUGUAUGCACUCAUGGCACUGUAAGGGAUUUUGGCACACACCAAAUAGCAUACUGUUAUGUUAUGAUGUUGAGGGUGGGGGCACUUCUACAAUAGCUGCUGCUGUAUGCCCCGAUCGUCCUCCUUGUCCUCUUGCCCCCUGUUGCUGCAUCUGUCCCUUCCAGGGAAGCCUUAUUUGUCUAAUGCACUAAAUCUAAGGAUGCCACGCUAAACCCCCACCCUACCUCUGCUCCUCCUACAUCUAUCCACACUCCAAAAAAAUAUCCUUCAUGUAGUAAUGUGCCCUUUGGUGUCGUCCAGUGAAAUGAUUGUGAUACCCAAAAAACAGCCCGCUAUUACCAGGAAUUAACGCUUGUAUUGGACGAUUCUGCAGCUCGCUAACGCAGGAAAUAGUGAACCUUUCUGUAGUGUUCUCUGUAUCUUUUCUGUAAAUUUGGAUGGUAUACUGACUUGGAGUACUUUCUACAGUUGAAAGUUGCACAUGUUGUAUAUUUUACAAGCUGAUUCCAGUAUUUUUAAACUCAAUAUAUUUCAAUUUUAACAUCUUUUGGCCAACAAUAAAAGAUGUAAAUAAUGAAUUCAAUAUUUCAUGUAGCAAAAAUAAACUUUGACAGAAAAUAUCCAACACGUACUCAACCCAACUCAUCACAUACCUACGCUUUGUCAGACCCCUUGGCGUCACUUUUCGAUCACAGUAAACUUGUGCUUAACUUUGUGAAUCAAACUAAAACACUUGCUUAGGUGCAGGCAACAAAACCACUUAGUUAGGUUUAGGAAAAAACAACAUGGUUGGGCUUAAAAUGACGUGAAGUGAAAAUGUGACUUGACGAGAGAAGUAUAGUAUGGACUUUCUUUUUGGUGUCUGGUCAAAAUUUAAAACCAACAAUUUAAUUAUUUCUUUUUUUUUGCGUAACCAUGAUCUUUCCUCUACUAAUUCAUUUGUUUUAGUUGCCUAACCUUAACCAUAGUUCUGUCAGCCAACUCACAUGGAGGAAGGGAUUAUGUGAAUCUACUCUAGAAUAUGUUUGGCAUAAGGAAACACCAAGCUCAGCAGAGCAGGGAGUGGGGGAGGGAUGAUAAUAACCAAAACCAUAAUAUGAUAUUAACCACAUUGUAGCUGCUAUGCAUGGGUGUGGUAGAAAUAGAUAUUUAAAAAAAAAAUAGUGUUGCCAUUGAAUGUAAUCUGAGGUUUUGCAGAAUUGUCCAAUAUCAACGUUCUGUCUUGUGAUAGUGUUUGGAAAAAAAAACAGCACAUCCUAAAACAUUUGCACACGAUAUCUCACACACAUCCAACAGAUAUAUUCCGUUGUAUUACUAUUCAGCCAAAAUAGAUCCCCUUCCAACUCAGCCAAAAGAAUCCAGCCGUUUUGCAUUCAAAGCCAAAACAAGUUGGCGAAUUCAGCUGUUGCCACUCUUGACACUGGACUGUACAGUCAACUUUCUAUAUAAUCUGCUCUGUGCGUGUGUAUGCAUACGAGUGCGUGAGUGCAUGUGUGUGUGUGUUCUAUGCCUGCGCCUCAAUGUGACCGUCUGGUGAAUGUGUAGCAUGCCCUCAUGCACGAGGCCCAGACUGUAAAUGUUGUUACUUGCAUGUGGUGACUGAUCGCUACGAGACAUAAUAGAA